AUGCCUCAGAACAGCAUCUUCACGGCGCUUCUCUGGACAGGGUUCGCAGCUGGCUAUCCUUGGGUCGUUGACCAUGCUGCACUCGACCCCCGGCGCGUAGACAGCCGGCAGCCAUUGAGACUACGUCAGUCGCCGUCUGCAGCGAACUGUCCCAACAACCCGAAUCACACUGGAGCUGUCCCGUAUAGUGCUGAUUAUCCAUACUGCGGAGCGAGAAAUGGAAAGCCUGGCAGCACGCGCUGCGUUGGAAACAUCGUACCUGCGCCGGGCGACAAUGCUCACUACUUUGUACCUCCAGGGCCGUUGGACAUCAGAGGACCAUGCCCAGGCCUCAACGUCGCAGCGAAUCACAACUUUCUUUCUCACGACGGAAUCACCAACUUUACAGAGCUCAUUGACGCCCAGCAAAAUGUAUAUGGAGUAGGCUAUGACCUUGCGGUCGUCCUCGCCGUGCUGGGAGUUGGCCAAGAUGGAGAUCCAUUGGGUACGACGAAGCUCAGCAUUGGAUGCGAUGCCACAUCUAGGACUUCCUCUACCGGCUUUAGCGAACCUGGGCUCAAUGGCCAUCUCAAGUUCGAAGGAGACUCAUCGCUCACACGCAACGACUAUUACCUUGACAAUGGAGACAACUUCAGCUUCAACUCAUCGCUGUACGAGAACAUGUCUGAAGUGGCCAGGUCUGUCUCCAACGGAAUUUUCAAUCGCAAGGCUCUUGCCACGUACCGAGCACAACGACAUGCGCAGUCGAUUCACGAAAAUGGCAACUUCUACUUUGACCCUAAAUCGGUCUUACUAUACGGAGCGGCGACAUUCCUGUAUGAACUGUUUCCCUCAGGUGGUCCUUCUGGAGUUGCGGACCAGACGACAAUGAACUACUUCUUCCUGCAAGAGCAGCUACCUCCCAACUGGUAUUCACGCAGCGAAAAGUUCAGUCUGCUGGAUGUCGUCACAGAGCUCUUAGCCAUGUACCAAGAGGACCCCGUCCCAUUUGGUGCAAACGCUGGUGUGCCUGAUUCAUUUGUUGGCAUUGGCACGUCGGGGAUCACCACUUCGAAUAGCACCCUCAAGGCCACUCCCGCCGGAAUCGCCUGCUUCUUGUAUCAACUCCUGACCGAGAACAUUCCCGCUCAAGCAGGCGGGUCCAAUGUUCCGGACGCCAGGUUGCUUGCGUGGGUCGUAAAUCAGAUCAACCCACUCUUUGGUCUAGGAGGCACUCUCGGGUCAUUAGCCUGUCCUUUGGUUACGGUCUGA